AUGUCUGUGGAUCAUGCGGAGCUGUUGGCUGUCCAGGAAGGCAUUCGCUUUGUUUGGCUUAUGAACUGGAGGAUUUCGGUGGUGGAAAUUGACUCUCUAAAGGUUGUCUCCUUGAUGGACUCUCCUUCUCCUUUUGUUUCUUUGGCUCCUAUUGCAGAUGAAGUUCGUGCUGGUCUGACUAUUACUCGCUGCUCUAAAGUUUCUUAUGUAAAGCGCACUGGUAAUGGUGUUGCUCAUUCCCUAGCUAAGUCGGCUGUGGACAAAAGCUUUGUGGUUCCGAGUGAGAAGACCCCAAGGCAUUCUAUAUGGCUCUCGAAAAUCAACCUAAAGUGCAACGGAGAUUACGUGGUGGCAGUUUACGUGUACAGGCCUAACGCCGAGCUAAACAUUUUCUCCAUUGCAGAUGCGCUCAGAGUGGCGCUGAGCAAGGCUUUGGUUCAUUUCUAUCAUUUGGCGGGCAGGCCUGAGCUCAAUAGGGACGGACGGUGCGAGCUUAGAUGCACCGGAGAUGGGGUUCUGUUCGUGGUGGUGAGGUACGAUGGGAGGGUCGAUGAGUUCGGAGAUUUUAGGCCAUCCCCGGAGAUGAGGAGAUUGCUGGUUCCUUCUGUUGAGUCGGCUGAGCCUCCAGCAGUAUCUUGGCUAUGA